AUGGUGGGAAUCUUCAGCUUUCAGCUCGGCCCGUACAAAACAACCGCAAUCACGUUUCUUUUUAAAAGGCACAUCAACACAUCGAUGCCGCUCCUCGAUAUAAUUGAGCCCAUUCACAAAAUGACCCACGUAAAUUUCCCACAUUUACUGCAGUCCCUCCCCCCUCUCCCGCUCUCUUACUGCCGCCGCCUGCACGCGCAGGAAAACAAUAGUUACCACCAGAUGGAUGCGACACGUUGCAUCGGAUUUCGCGUCCACGUCCCCAAUGAAAGAUACAACUUUCGCUCCUUUACCAGUGAACUCUCAGUGAUGCGGAGCAGGCGUCCACAUGGAGCGGACACUGAUUCGCCCUGGGAUCCUCUUCCAACCGUCACUUGUAACAGCAAUCGUCUGCCUCCCUGA